AUGUCGAACGUCCCUGCCCAUCUCCCCGGUGACCUUGGCGAGCAUGACCCUCGCCGUGAGGCCCACCCCCAUGGCAACGAGCCCGGCUCUGGUGGCCACGAGGUCAAGCUCGGCUCCAACGAGGCCAAGGGCAUCAACGACAAUGCCACUGCUGCCGAGCACAGCCACACCCGCGACCCCGCAACAGACAACACUGCCGAGCACGCCUUCAACGGUGGCAGCGCAGAGAACAUGGACCGUCAAAAGCGUCAGCAAGCCUCAAGCAUCCCCGGUGGCCGCACUGGCCACGAUGGUGUUGAGGAUCACCUCACCCGUGCCGGUCUCGAGCAGGGCUCCCACCGCGGCUCCGGCUACGACAGCGGUCUUACCGGUAACAACAACUCCGGCCUGACCGGCUCGUCUCACACUGGCUCCGGCUUGACCGGCUCCCACACCGGCUCUGGCCUUACUGGCUCGCACACUGGCACCGGUCUUACAGGUUCGUCGCACACCGGCAGCACUGGUACCGGCCUCGUUGCCGAGGGUGAGCGUGCCCUCCACUCGGGUACUCACGGCACCCACGGUCAGACUGGCUUCAGCGGUUCCGACCCUCAGGAGCGUCACCAGCUCCACCACGGCACUGCCCACCACGCCCACGACUUCAGCCACAACCACAACACCCGCACUGGUGAGCUCCUCGACCCUGCCAGUGGUAGAGACACUGGCAUUCCCGGCUACGCUGGCGGCGCUUCUGGCUUGACCGGCUCAUCUCACACCGGCUCCGGCUUGACCGGUCAGACUGGUUACGGCCAGACUGGCACCGGUCUCACCGGUUCGUCGCACACCGGCAGCACUGGCUCUGGCCUCGUUGCCGAGGGCGAGCGUGCUCUUCACUCGGGUACCCACGGCACCCACGGUCAGACCGGCUACGGUGAGACUGGUUACGGCCAGACUGGCUCCGGCCUCACUGGCUCGCACACCGGCUCCGGUCUCACCGGCCAGACUGGUUACGGCCAGACCGGCUCCACUGGCGAGCGUCUCCGUGAGGAUCUCCGCGAGGGUGAGCGCGCCGUCGGCUCCGGCACCGGUGCUGGUUACGGUUCCACUACUGGCUCCGGCCUGACUGGAUCCACCACUGGUCACCACGGCUCGACUGGCUCCGGCUUGAUCGGCUCCCACACCGGCCACGAGUCUACUGGUGAGCGCCUCCGUGAGGACGUCCGCGAGGGCGAGCACGCCACCGGCCACAACACCACCGGCACCACUGGUACCGAGCACAAGAAGGCUUCGCUCCUUGACAAGCUCAACCCCUUGAAGGAUUCUGACGGUGACGGCAAGAAGGGCUUCAUGAAGUAA